AUGGACGGCGACCGAAUGGAUAUUGUUGAUGGACGUCCAGCUCCGGACACUGCCGCCGAUGGCGUUGCGGACGACAGCAGCAGCAUGAAAAAGUUGCCAGCAUCCUGGGAUACUCCCAAGCACCGCGAGGAGAGCGACAAGUUCAAGGACGUCCUUGCCGACCAGGGGUUCAAUAUAGCCGACUAUGGUGACCCUCUCUCUGCUGAUAGACCCAUCGGCAAGAUCUAUAACCGGCCAUUUCCUCAGGAGACUGAGGAGCGUUUGAGGAGCCUUAUGGAACGCCUUCAGAAUAGCUCAACGUGA